GGACGAUCCAAAAAGGAAAGUAGGAAUUAUUAUGGGAGGGUGGAGUAAUACAUUGUGUAUAUUCAUGUAGUAUGAGACUAUGAGUCCAUUAAUCUAACAAUAUUUUCAUAGUUUCAUCCAGUCAUAAACCAAAACAUCCAAUUAAUUAAUUAAUUACUCUGUAAUUAAUUAAUUAUUAACUAAUUAGCUACAAAAUCCAGAACAUGAAGCCGUUGGCGGUUCUCGAGAGGUCGAGAACUAGCGGAAACUCUGGAGAAGUCUAGAAACAUGAUAAGAGACCAUAAAGCCAGUCGAUAUUUUCUUCUAGAAAACUCCUCAGCUUACUUUAAAUCUCCGUCCCCACGAAUUCCGCGCUAUCCUCGACCGAUAAACCGAUACAAGCGGAAGAGCAAGAGCUUUAAACCACAAAAUGUCUCACUGUGUUUCAAGAUUCGCUGUUCCCCACACUUUGGCAUCACAAUGCAUCAAUCCAUCUCACUCAAAUAUUUCCCAGUUUGCUGUUCCGAUUUCUGGUAAAAAUGGCAAAUCAAGAAUCGCAUCCAUGGCCGUCGAUGGCAGAGACGGCAUUGACCAAGUGCAGCAAAGGUCGAUGAAGACCCAACCGCCAAGGAGGUCUGUUCAAGCAGUUGCUCCCAUUGGUUUAUGGGAUAGGUUUCCUACAGCAAAGACAGUGCAACAGAUGAUGGACACAAUGGACAGAUUAAUAGAGGACCCUAUGGCCUUCAAUGGAAGGUGGUCUUCUUCUUCUCCUGUGCCACAUGAGAAUGGAGGGUAUGGCAGGGGGAGAACGCCAUGGGAGAUCAAAGAAGGUCAGAGCGAAUACAAGCUGAGAUUUGACAUGCCUGGGAUGACCAGAAAAGAUGUCAAAGUGUGGGUUGAGGAGAAAAUGCUUGUGUUCAAAGCAGAGAAAGCGCCAAAGAAGAAGAAUGGAGAAGGGGUUGGAAAGGAAGGAGUAGAAGAAGACAAUGGAGAGUGGUCUGCAAGUAGCAAUGGAAGAUAUGGUAGCAGAAUAGCUCUACCUGAGAAUGUGGAGUUUGAGAAAAUUAAGGCUGAGGUGAAAGAUGGUGUGUUGUAUAUCAACAUACCAAAGGCUAUUGCCAGUAGCAAGGUUUUUGAUAUCAGUGUUGAAUGAAAUUGAUUUGGAAGAUGUACUUUGAUUUGCUGUUAUUUGUGGUUCCAUUUUUUGUUGGACAUGAAGAGUGUUCAUCCUUUGCAUUGAUGAGGGCCAUGUAAUCUAGAUAAUUGGUCAAGAAAACAAGGAAACGUGUGGCUGCAUUUUUGUGUGUAAAGUGAGUGGUCAAACUUGUAUUUAAUAAAUCCUUUUACAGAGGAAAGAGCAAAUCCGACCCUACCCGAUUUAUCCGAUCGGAUAUAUCUGAUUUUUUUGUUGUGGUCGGAAAACCUGAACUGAAAUAUCCAAUUCCGGUCCGAUUUUUGCAACCCGAUACUUAAGCGGGUAGCGGGUAGGGUUACCAAUUAUGCUACCCGACCCGCUCGAAAAAUCGAACUAGCAUAGUAUAUAUACUAGUUUAAAUUAUUAUGCAUGUUCAAAUAUCUCAAUUAUUAUAUGUCAAUUACCAUAUUGUGUAUGUUCAAAUAUUCCAAUUACCGUAUUAGUA